AUGAAGAUGGUGACCAGGGCUCUCUUGUUCCUUCAGCUGCUGCAAACGGCAGUUUCAGCGCCGCCCUUUGAAGUACCGCCAGGUCUUGAGGAUAACUACGCACCUGGUCUGCGACAAGUGCUCUUAGACCAGCAAAAUCUACCAUGUACGCUGUACGACAACAUUGUCGAAUUUGAGGAUGGAACAGGAAAAAGUGAUUGGAUUUGUGAAGUCUUUGGACAAGACGCCAAGAACGCUGGCAGCAAAAGAGCUUUCUCUACAGCCUGGGUGGAGGGAAUGGAGCAUGUUCUAGCUGCCAAUCCAAACAUUCAAAGCGGCAAAACCACUCUGCUUGCACAAGGAGCUGGACUUUCCGACCACAAACUGACAAUUGAUCCUGGUAUCCCGCUUACAUUUGGCGAAGUGGAUCCAUCUUCCGGAAUAUCAAACCGUAGACAACGAAGGCUGGCAGCAAGGACCGGCGAUUUAGAAGUCCUAGUGGUACGAGUGACCACUGCCGAUGCUUCCUUGACAAAGCAAAAGGCAGAAAUCAGUGGCGAUGUCUUUGGAACAAGUGGAAGCGGCGAUACCCUCAACUUGAAAAGCAUGGUGGAAGAAUGCUCCGCCAACGAGCUCAGAAUCAAUCCGGGCGAUGGAACUGGCUCUUAUUGUGUCGACAAUGCGGAUGCCGUCUUUGAUGUUCCACGCACUACUGAUUCUGUCCCCCAUAACUGUGACUGGUUCACUCGCUACUUGUUUACUACAAGAGGAGAUUUGUGCCUUUACUAUGGUGAUUAUUCACAAGAAUCACCAACUGUCAAUGUUACCAAAACUGCCAACACUGAAUGUUGUAUUUGCGGUGGUGGAAAUACUGUUAACUAUAACAAUAGCGUGGUGGACGGGGUCAUGGAUUUACAACUACUGACUAUCGAUGCCGCUGGAAGCACUUACAAAGAGCUCGAGGUCGCUGCCUUGGAAGCGCUGGAGGAUCUCUUUGGUGUUGACAGACUGGAUGAAAAGUUUGAUAACGUCAUGCUUUGCUUGCCUAAGGGAUCCCACAGUCCUUCUAAUGUGAACGCUAAAAAUUGGAUCGCAUAUGCUGGCCUUGGAGGGUAUCGUAGUGUGUUCAAUGGGGACUUCAACUGUGCCAAUGAAAUCACUCAAGUACACGAAUUCGGACAUAAUUUUGGCCUUGGCCAUGGCUGGGAAGGAAGUGUACAAUAUGGGGAUCAGACUGGAGCCAUGGGGUUUGCAACCGGUGUGGCGGAUGAUGUCGCAGCGAAUAACAGAGUGUGUUUCAAUGGUGCACACUCGUGGUUUCUAGGCUGGUACACUCCCUACAACGUUGAAAUCGACCCCUUGACCACAAACUUUGCUGGAAAUCUAGUGGGUGUUGACAGAGUCCCCAAUGUGGCUAGUUGCGAGAACGUUGUCUUGAAACUGACAAACUCUGUAGCAGAUCAUUACGUCAUCUACAAUCAUGCAGUAGGGGCGAAUGAAGGCACAGUUGAAUAUGCAAAUCAUGUUACAAUAACUUCCAUGAACACCACGAAAACCGUAACAUACAUCCAGGCGACCUUAGGAAAUGGAGGCACUUAUGCAACGUUUAACAACUGGGAUGGAACUACAGAAUCCGUGACCGUUUUGGCGACAUCUAUCAACACAGAUGCCGCCACUGGCAGCGCAGUGGUUGAAGUAUGGAAAGGCGGAAUCAACGAUCGGCCAGCGCUCCAAAGUGCUUGUGCUCCGGAUCCUACGUCUGACCCAACCUCAGGACCGACUGGUGAACCCACACCUGUGCCUACAUCUGGUCCAACGAGUCUCCCAACCUCAGCGCCAACCAAUCGUCCAUCAUCAGGACCAACAAGUGAACCCACGGCUGCUCCUACCUCUGGUCCCACAUCUGGACCUACCUCUGGGCCUACACCUGCUCCUACCUCUGGGCCUACGUCAGGGCCAACAAGUGGACCCACACAUGCUCCUACCUCUGGUCCAACAAGUGGACCCACGCCUGCUCCUACCCCUGGUCCAACAUCCGGACCCACUUCUGGGCCUACACCUGUUCCCACGUCUGACCCUACGUCUGGACCAACAAGUGGACCAACACCUGCUCCUACCUCAGGUCCAACAUCUGGACCGACCUCUGGGCCAACACCUGCUCCCACCACUGGGCCGACGUCGGGACCAACAAGUGGACCAACACCUGUUCCUACCUCUGGGCCAACAUCCGGACCCACCUCUGGGCCUACGUCUGGACCAACAAGUGGGCCAACACCUAUUCCUACCUCUGGUCCAACAUCCGGGCCCACCUCUAGGCCAACUUCUGGCCCCACAUUAGGUCCUUCGCCCGCUCCUAGUUCAGGCCCAACAUCAGGACCAACGAGUGGCCCUACAAUUGGACCAACUACGGAGCCCACUUCUGGUCCUACUUCAGGCCCGACAUCAGGACCAACGAGUGCCCCAACCUCUGGUCCUACUUCAGAUCCAACGUCGGGUCCUACAGCAGGUCCUACACCGGCACCCACCUCUGGUCCUACUUCAGCGCCCUCUUCUGUUCCAACUUCAGGUCCAACAUCCACCCCAACAGCAACUCCGAACGCGGCGCCUACAACCCCUGGCCCUACAUCAGGACCGACAUCCAAACCAACUUCAGGUCCAACCUCUGGCCCUACAUCAGGUCCUAGUGUCGGACCUACAUCUGGUCCUACUACUGGACCGACAUCUGGUCCUACAAAUGGCCCUACUACUGGACCGACAUUAGCACCAACACCCGGACCAACUAAUGGGCCAUCAUCUGGGCCAACUUUAGUUCCAACAAGCGGUCCUACGUCUGAGCCUACAGGCGAACCUACCUCGGGACCAACGCCCGCACCCACAUUGGGGCCAACUGUCGGGCCUACAGGUGGUCCUACUUCUCUACCAACAGCCGGGCCCACAAGUGUCCCAACUGCCGGCCCCACAAUAGGACCGACUUCAGGACCCACGAGUGUCCCAACUGCCGGUCCCACCUCUGGACCAACAAGUGGACCAACAUCUGGCCCCACAGCAGGACCGACUUCGGGUCCCACAGAUGUCCCUACUGCCGGCCCCACCAUAGGGCCUACCAGUGGCCCUUCAUCUGUACCAACAAGUGGCCCAUCCUCCGGCUCUACACCCCAACCAACUUCAGGUCCUACGUCUGGACCAACCUCUGGUCCUACGUCUGGACCAACCUCUGGUCCUACAUCUGGUCCUACUUUAGCGCCCACCUCUGAACCGACGAUUGGACCAACCUCUGGUCCGACUUCCGGGCCCACAGCUGGCCCUGUCUUGUCUCCAGUUGCACCUCCAGCUGCACCUUCAGUUGCAUCUCCCGUUGCAUCUCCAGUUGCAAACGACGACGAGCCGGAAACCGAGGUGACUGGUGAUCCCCAUUUCAAGACAUGGAAGAAUGAACACUUUGAAUUCCAUGGGCAGUGUGAUAUUGUCAUGAUUUCGGACAAGGACUUUGCCAACGGCCUUGGCAUUGAUAUUCAUAUCCGUACCAAGAUUGUUCGAUUCUGGAGUUACAUCGAAAAGGCUGUCAUCCGCAUUGGCAAUGACAUUCUUGAAAUCGAAGGAUUGCCCGAUUUUUCUGCCAGCUAUUGGAUCAACUACGAACACAUGGGCGAGUUGUCUGAUCUAUCUGGCUUCCCUGUAUCCCUCAAUGAUAACACCGAUCGGUACACAAUUGAUUUGGGUAGUCUGUACCCAGGAGAAAAGAUUGUGAUCAAAACCUUCAAGGAGUUUGUUGGAGUGAAAAUUCUUGGUGGGUCUGAGACUUCUUUCGGAAAGUCUAUUGGUAUCACUGGUGACUUCAAGACGGGCAACACCUAUGCUCGCGAUGGAAGCACUGUAUUGAAUGACUUUACCGAACUUGGAAACGAAUGGCAAGUCCUUCCUUCUGAUGGACACUUCUUCCAUACAUUGUCUCGGCCACAGUUCCCAGAGAAGUGCAUGGUGCCAGAAAAUCCACAGGGAGAACGCAAGCGUCGAUUGGGUGAGAGUACUGUCUCAGAAGAACAAGCUGAAGCCGCUUGUGCUGGACUUGAAGAUGAGUUCAGCCGCAAGGGUUGCAUGUACGAUAUCUUGGCUACUCAAGAUUUAGAAAUGGUCGGCGCCUAUUAG